GGCGUGACUGACCAAAACAAACAUACAGGCCGUCUCGUCUCUCGGCAUUACAGUUGUCUUAUUUUUCCUUUUUCUCUAUCUCUUUUUCUUCAAGUAUAAGUUUUACUCUCUCUACUUUCUUUCCUGGGUGAAUUCUGAGGUGCAGUGUAUCUGAUUUAAUUGAUUUGUGGUUUUCUCGUCUUGCUUCACUCAAAAAUCCAAAAAAUCCUCGUGAUUUCAUAGCAUCAGGCAUCAGCUGGGUCAGUCAUCUGUAGGCAUCAUGGUGACGCAAGAUGCAUCAGUUGUGCCCAGAGUGAAUAAGUUGAAAAUCAAAAAAAUGAAAAAGAAGAAAUCAAAGAAGAAGAAAAUAAAGGGAGCUGAGAACCUUGACUCAGAGAGUGAAGCAGACAAGCUGGAUUUGGACGAGAAGAUCCACCCAUUGUCACACUACAUCACCGAGCAGGAGGAGCUUGUGAAUCAGAUGUUCUUGACUAUACGUGGAUCCAAGCUGGAGGCCAUGCUUCCUCCGGUGCUCAAGAGCAUUCCUGUGAAAGAACUAAAGAGGCUGUGUCUCCAUGAACUGCGAGGAAUGAGCAAGAAGAGGAUCUUGUGUUGCAUUAACGGUCAGGUUAUGGAAGGUUCAUCCGGCAGUGAGGACGAAGAGGAAGAAAAGGAAGAAGCCAAUGAAGAACAAAACCAUAAAGAAGCCAACUCAAAGGGAGAAAAGAGGAAGCCAAGCGAUGAACAACCUCCUGACUAUCUCCAGAAGAAAAUCAAAGUGGAGCCUGGCACGGAGGACAGCACAGGAAGCAGAGAAAAGAGCGUCCUAGAGCUGCUGGAAUUAGAGAUGAGGGCGCGGAUUAUCAAGACCAUGCUGGAGAAGGGCGAUGAUGGGAAGAAAAUAACAGAAGAUGCCAUUGCUGCCGUGAUGAAGAGUGCCAAGAAGAUAACUAGUGAAGGCACAGGAGGGAGUGAGGAGAUGGCUAGUGCAGUGGCUGACUCCAAGGAUGAUUCACAGGGGAAGAAAUUGGACAGAGAGACAGAGAGUGAAGAUGAAGUUGCAGAGGAAAGGACCAGGGGAAGGAGGAGAGGUGAAGGCAGGAGAGGAGACAGGAAAGGACAUCGUGACUCGGCACAUGAUGGCAGGAGGGGUUCAGGUACAAGGUCACAGAGAAGGAGAGAUGGAAACUAUAGUGACGAUGGCAGCCGUGGUAGGAGUUCCAGAAAGCAGAAGGAGUCUGAUUCAUCUAAAACACACAUCACAAAGAAGAAGAAAAUCACCCGAAAGGAAUUUGAGGAGAGGAUGAAACGUGCAAAGAAGAACAGGACUUACCGCCAGCGCAAGUCCUCAGAGGAUGAGGAAAAAGCGAAAGAAAAUGAGAACAAAACUGAAAACACAAAGGAAGAUAAGGAUGACAAGGAUGAAAAAACUGAAGACAAAGCUGAUAAAGAGCCAGAUGCUCCUCCUGAAGGGAACAGCAUUCAGGAGAAGGCAGAGGGGGAGGGUGAGGGAGAGGUCUCUGAGAAGGAAGAAGGUGAAAUUGAUAGCAAUGAAGAGGAGGAAGGAGCUUGUAGUCCAAGUGAUAUUUCAAGUGCUAGCAGAUACUCCUCCUCAAGAAGCAGCAGUAGGAGUUGGUCAAGAAGCUACAGCAGAAGCCCCUCCAGGAGUCCUUACAGGGGACGACAACGGAGAAAUAGCAGGAGGACUAGGAGCAGGAGCAGGAGCAGGAGGAGGAGAAGGAGUUACUCUCGGAGCUACAGUCGGUCAAGAACCCCUGAGAGGAGACGCAGAGGUGACCAUCAGCCGAGGAGUUUUGACAGGAGAGGUCGAGACUCACCCAAGGCCAACAGCAAGAAGGACAUCAAGAAAACAUCCCCAGAGGACAUCAGUCCAAGCCGGGAGGAAGACUGGGGACACAAGUGUGAUAUUGAAUUUGUGGAUUCUGAGGAAGACUUCGAUGACAACCCUGAGGCUGCAAAGAAGGAUUCAGGAGCUCAAAAGACGCUGCCAGUGAACCGGAUAGAGAGAGCAAGCAUCAGUUUCUCCCUGCAGAAGAAGCCAGUUGGCAUCGCUCAGGGCGUGGAUCUAGAUGACCUGCCGCUGAAGAAGAAACAGACGAGUGAUGACAUUGAGGCUCUCAGUAGCAUGAAGCCUGCCACAAAGAGUGAGGAAAUAGUCAUCAGUUCAGACAGUGAAGUAGAGGUGCAGCCUUCCACACAGAGUCCGAUGAAACUAAAAGCAGAUGGGAAAAGGCUGUCAGAGCAGCUUGUUACCAGUGCUAAUGAUUCUAAACUAGUUGAACUUAAAAAGACAGAUCAGUCCCCUGCUAAAGAAAAUACAGGUUUACAGUCAGAUCAAGAAAAGAAAUUUAUCAAGAAGGCUGUCAAUUCUGAAACUAAAGGUAAAGAAAGCACAAAAGAGAAUGUGGAAGGGAAUACUGAAGACUUGAAGUUAUCAACUGGUCUUAAUCAGGAAAUGAGCAGAGAAAAGAAUAGCAGUGAUGGAGCUAAAAUUAUUCAGGAUAUAAGCAAUGAAAAUAUGGAAACUGAAAAGGGAAAACAAGCUGUGGAAAAUAUAGAUAAAGCUGAUAUUGCUGUUGGUGUAAGUAAAGGUGAAUCUCCUGUCAAGGAUCCAAGAGACAGUGAAAACAUAGAUGACUCAGGAAAUACAGAGUCAGACAGUGACAGUGCACCAGGAAAUCGAAAACAAAGUACCAGGAAACGUGAUAUUAAUCAUGAUAAUGAACCGAUGGAAAAGAGCACAAGAAAGUCAAGUACAGGCUCUGUUGAUGGUGCAAGUGUUGUAUUGAGAGCAGAGUGUAAAGAGAAAGGUGUUAAUCUGGAAAAGGAUAAAACACAGGAUAUUAAUGCAGCAGAUAAUUCAAGAGUCAAAGAUGUUGAGAGAAUAGAUGAUGAUGGCUCAGAGAUAAGCGAAAGGAAAGGAACUGAUAGUGAACUGAAUGUGAAUACUGAAGAAAGCUCUGACAAGGAAACAAGACAGAAUAUUCAACAAGGAGUGGAUGUAAAGGAUAAGUCUAGUAUUCAACCAUUAGAGGAGAAGGAGGAGGAAGAAAGAGACCUAGAAGUGACAGAUUCUGAUCAUACUGUGAAUAUUAAACUCUGUAAGGGGAAAAAAGUGAAGAAGAAAGUAGGAGAUGCUUCUGUAUUCUUCAAAACAAAGCAGAGAGUGGGAAAAAGUGAAAUCUUGACCACCAAUGAGCAGGAAGAUGCAGAACCUGAAAGCAAAGAGGUUACUUCUAUAUUUGAAGGUCAGAGUGAGGAAGAAUUUUACCAGGGGACAGAGCAGCUUAAAUUUAGUGAGGAUGAAAAGGAUAAUGAAGACACAGAUGGAAGAGGAUCCCUUAAAGAAAAGACUUCAGGUGAUUUUUCCAGGGCAGAGGCAGGAUUCACACGCAAACAAGUAAAAACCCACCAGAAGAUUGAAAUGGUCAUGCCAGAGAGGUCAUGGAUGAAAAGAGGGAGAAAGAAAGGAGAAAAAGCUAAGGCUCUCUUGGGAAUGGAAAGGACUGGGUUAGUAAAAAGUGUACAGCCUGAAAGUGCUCAAAGUCCCCCUCAGGAAAGUGAGCUGAAGGCAGAGACAAGUCAGAGCUCCAAAGCACAGGAAUCCACAGAGGUUGAGGAAAUACAAGUCCACAGUCCAGCACUGAUAAGUGACAUAGAGAAUUCCCAGGUGGCUGAGGAAUCUGGCCGACAAAAACAAGCAUCUUCCUCCCCAAAACAAGACCUAGUAGAAGUUUCCCACAUUGAGGCUGAGGACAGAGUGAGGAAAAUUGACCACGACACUGAGAUCAUAGGAGUCAUUGAGACGAGCAAGGACACCAGUGAAAACUUUGAUGAUCUUGGUGGUUCAAGCUGGAGCAUGAGGUGGCUGAAGAGUGAGAAGGUGCAGAAAGUAGUGACAAGUAGUAAGAUGCUGAGCAGAGUGCGCAAGAAGAUCCAGCGGAAGGAAAAAGCGAAGGUAGUCAUGGCGGAGAAGGUUGAGGAGGCACAGAAGCCGGCCGAACCGGUCAUUCCAGUGAUAGGAAGCAUCGAGGAGUAUGAGCGGCUGUUUGGCACCAAGGUCAAGAAGGAUGAGGCGCCCAUUGCUGGCUCAGAGUCCCAGGGCAUUGCACUGGAGGGCCAGGUGUCUGCUGGUGCCUCACAAGAUGACAUUCCAGUAUCCAAGCCCCGAGGCAACCCAGUGUUUGGGUCUGAUGAUGAUGGUGAGGACAGUGAGGAUGAAGCUCUCUGGUCCAAGAUCAUUAAGAAGUAGUGUUUGGUUGUCUGUCUCUUGUGUUUAUUGUUUGUAUGUAUAGUAGAGGUAUGUAUGUAUGUAUGUAUGUAUGUAUGUGUAUACUUGUGAUAUGUGUAAUGAAUAAAAUUAAUCAUAUAUC